AUGUGCUUAUUUUCAGCCCUAAAGGCUGCCGGCCUCUCGGCCACAAUGCUCACCAGGCGGAAGAGCAGCGGCGAGCCGACCAAUGGAUCUCAGACCCAGGGCGGCUCGAAAGCGGCGAAAAAGGCGCGAGAAAGUGUGAUUGCACUACAGGAGAUUAUCAACCUGGAGCCGAGCGCUAUUAAUAAACGGGCGGAUAUUCUUCAGAAUGAUCUCCUUAAAGAACUGGUUAAAUUUUCUUGUUUAUUAUCUAUGGUUUCUGUUUGUAUGAACACCCCGCAGACGUUGUUGUUGUGGGGCCCGUUGAAUUGGGUCAUAUUUUCGGCCGACUGUCUCGUUACGCUAAUAUUCACGAUUGAAGCGCUUGUUUAUAUACAUCAUAAUGGGCUCUGUGAUAAUCCCAAAGCCUACCUCCGUGACCGGUGGUGUCGCUUUGAUUUGUUUUUGCUGUUGAUGCACUAUGCAUCACUUGGGCUGCAUGGAUACCAGAUUGUUUGUAUCCAUUUUCCGGCGACCGGAUUACGGUACCAAACGUGGUAUGGUGUCAUCCGAUCGCCACGCCCAUUCAUCACCGUCCGCUUUAUCCGUUCAAUUAUUCAAUUUAAAUUGCCGAAAAAUCGAAUCCAGCAAAUUAUCAAG